AUGGCCGAAGCACUAGCAGCAAAUUUCACGAAGAAACUCUUGACAUGUAGCAUCUGUCUUGGAGAGUAUGUGGACCCCCGUGUGCUGCCUUGCUACCAUACAUUUUGCUAUGGUUGUAUAUUUAACCAUGCUACAAGAGCUAUGACUCGGAACAGGACAUUUUUGUGUCCCCUUUGUAGAGAGGUGAUUCAAUUUCCAAGGGAAGGACUUGCGCAACUGAAAAAAGACUUCCGUGUUCACACAACAAAAGACCUUCUCAGGCAGCAUGAAGUACAAUCAACAACUAUAGAAACUAAUGUGCAAGGAGUGACACGUGGCAUCUCACAAGUGAUGGUCAAAUGUGAGAAGCAUCCUACAAAUGAGUUGAAAUACUAUUGUGAAGAUGAUGAUACCGUUGUAUGUGGUGACUGUGUAUCAACAGAACAUUACAGACAUGGUAUUGUGCCAGUUGAAAAUGUUGCAAAAAUCAAUGGGGAAAUGAUAGAAACUGUCCUUGUAAAAACUUUGUCAAAACUAAAAAUGGUCAAAGAAGCAGAAGAAAAGGAAAAAGCCAAUAAAACAAAAGAAUUGCAAAUCAUGGCAGCCUCCAUCAACAAAAUCAAAGAACAGGCUCAACGUAUUCGAAGAUUGGUUAACGAGAGGGAACAAGUACUGAUAUCAGAAGUAAAUUCUGCUGGUGAUACCAGAAAAAAGGAGGAGGACACCCUUGAAUGUCACCAUGCCUCCUUGAGCAGUGUGUGCAAUUUUGCUCAGGAACUUCUCACAAAUGGUUCUGCCUCUGACAUCAUGAGUCACACUAAAGCUCUGACAGAGAGACUGACAGCGAUGGAGAGAAUACCAGUCCUAACUCCACACACACCAGCACUGAUAUCCUACAGCCCUGGUGACAUAUCUACUGCUGGACUGGAAGCUAUGUUAGGACAGGUGACAGUACAGUCACAACCUCCCAGACUUUCUAGACUGGACGAAAAUCUAUCAUUUCCAACUUCAGACACGUCAGCACAGAUAUCCUACAGCUCUAGUGAGAUAUCUGUAGCUGGACUGGAAGCUGUGUUAGGAGAGGUGAUGGUACAGCCACAACUUCCAUUUGCUGAGCACGGAACAAAUCGAAGAUCAGCAUCACAUCCUCCUAUUUUCUUAGAGAAGGCAGAAUGUGUGCAUUCCUUUAAUCCUCAACUCAAAUAUGAUAAAGAUAUGUUCGCAAGUGGGCUGGCCAUAGAUGAACAACAUAUGUUUCUUGUGGAUAACAGCAAUGACAGAACAAAGGUUUUCACAAAUGAAGGGCAAUUCAAGUUACACAUAAAGCUAAAUGGUCCACUUGAUGUGGCUGUGUCACAGACUGGUCUCCUAUAUACAACAUCACUGGGUGACAAAUGUGUCCAAGUGUACUCCACCAGAGGCCAGCGAGUGACAACCAUGGGUCAGGGUCUACUGGGGCAUCCAUUUGGUGUAACACUAAACAGACAAGGUCAUGUGAUGGUUUGUGAUAGAAUGAAUAGUGUGAAUGAUAACAUUGGGAUAUCAGACUAUGGCAGUCACUGUGUACAUGUGCUGUCACAUACUGGUGAUCAUCUGUACCAGUAUGGCACACGAGGUAGAUGUAAUGGUAAGCUGUUUGGACCAAGGGGAGUGUGCACAGACAGCUAUGGUCAUACCUUCAUUGCUGAUGAUGGUAACCACAGGAUAGUGGCACUGAGUCCACAUGGACAGUUUAUCAGAUACAUUGCCACUGAGGAGGAUGGGUUGAAGUAUCCCAGAUCAUUAGCCAUCAACCCUGCUGGCCAGCUGGUGGUGGGAGAGGGAAGUGGCCUGGUUAAGACUUUCAAGUUCUUACAAUAA